AUGUCAAGUUUCCUCUAUCCAUCUUCUGGUCCUGGAUACUUCAUCAUAUCUGAUAUCCUGACGGCGUUGGACUCCCUAAGCGCAGGCAAUGAAGAAGAAAUAGCGCAAUAUCGUGAGCAUACCCUUCUGGCCACCCGAAGUCGAAACAUUCCACUAUCUGCGGAUACGUCUACGGGAGAUGCUCUAUCCUCUUCUAAAAGGCUUGGCGCGAUCGAAAGGUACGCUAAGCAGCCACAUCGAGACGCGGUUGGGGAAGCAUCGUACAAGAAAGAGAAGCGGAGAAUCGUGGAUGUUGACGAUGAUGAGCCGAAGGAGACCGAACUCAAAAUCCGAUUUCGCGCGCUAUUGGAGAUUCGGUCUUUUGGCCUUGCGUUCAGGAAGUUUCAACGGAAAGAACGUAACGAAGCAAGGGCAGACACGCAGGUCAAUCACCUGCUAUCUUCCGCGGAUAAGUUCAAGAUAGGCAGGAUGAAAGAUUUCAUCGAGUCGGAAGACUAUAUAAUUGACAAAGCCACGACGAGAAAGAUGAUACACGAAGGGACAAAACUGAUUGUCUUGGAAGGCCUUUAUGGGCACUGUGGCAUCUCUGCAGUUUUCUGGAUCACUCCUAGUUGGGUGAGAUUAUCAUACCAGGAUUUCCCUACCUUUCUGGAGUUAUUGCUGCAGGAUCCUGAAUACGCUCCCGUUAAAACAGCUAUGGAGGAGCUGGCCGACUGGUUCGAAGACUGUUACGAACUUUGUUACCCCUCGGAGGAGGACUCGCCAUCCGAAGAUAAGUUCAAUCAGCAACCACAAAUCGUUGAAACAAGGAAACGACGGAGCGCUCAGCCCUUGGAAUCAGCAAAACCUUUUAAAGCUCGAUGCCUUACAAUCCAACGCGACGAUCCCCUGGUUAAAUUUGAUGGAGCAACGCGAGAUAAUCAUCGUCAGGAAGUGACCAGACCUAAGGACUUCGCGCCUGCAUCACUCAUCGAAUGGGCUGUCACCACUAGAGCACCAGCAAUCUAG